CAUAAACUAUAUAAACGGCGUAUGCGGUCUUCUUCAGUCUUCAGUUUGUUUAGUGACCAUUAGUCGGGGUUAAAUAAAACAUAUACGAAUAAAAUCGUUAAAGGAUUACGCGGGCAGGCUCAUCUAUAAAAUCACUGAAUUUAGCAAAAUGUGCUCCGAUAUACAAGAUUAUUAUCGAAACAAGACGGUGUUCGUAACAGGAGGCACCGGUUUUAUGGGAAUAGUUCUCAUUGAAAAAUUACUGCGAGCAACCGAGGUUAAACGUAUUUACUUGAUGGUGCGUCCCAAAGCUGGUAAAAGUAUUGAAGAACGUUUGACUAAUUUCUGCCAAAAUGUGGUCUUCGAGAAGCUGAGAAAUACAGGUGUCACACUAACGGACCGACUUCAUACGAUUUUAGGCGACUGUCAGACCUCUAAUCUCGGCAUUUCCGCUGAAGAUCGUAAAGUAUUGAUUGCGGAGGUGAAUGUGGUGUUUCAUCUGGCGGCCACAGUGCGCUUCGACGAGCCGCUUCAAAAGGCAGUUAGCAUAAAUGUACGUGCCACAUUGGAUUUAUUGGAGCUAGCCAAAGAAAUGCGAAACCUUGAAGCCUUUGUGCAUGUCUCCUCAGCGUUCGCUAACUGUGUGGUACAUUCAAUCGAUGAGAAAUAUUACGUGCACAAAUUAGGUAUUGGCGCUGUUAAAAUGUGUGAAUUGGCUGAGAGUUUGAGCGUCGAGACUACAAAUAAACUGGCGUCAGUACUAUGUGCGAGUUAUAAAAACACAUACACAUUCACGAAGUCUUUAGCCGAGGAAGCGGUUCUUAGUGUGGGACGUUCCCUACCAAUUAGCAUAUUUCGGCCUGCCAUAGUUAUUCAAACCUAUAAAGAACCACUUACCGGCUGGGUCGGCAACUUCUACGGACCUUCAGCGGCGCUAUACGCAUGCGCACGUGGCGUUUUACGAGUAAUGCAAAUGAAGUCACAACAUAAGGCUCAUUUAGUGCCGGCAGAUUCCUGUGCCAGCUUAAUGUUGGCCAUCGGUUGGGAAACUGCGCGCUCAGAUCAGCGGCAACGUUUAAAUUUGGCACCACCGAUUUACAACUACGCACAUGACGAUGAGAAUCCACUGAUCUGGAAACAGUAUAUGAGUGCCAUUACUGAAUUGGGCUCCGAAUUACCUAUUUCCAAAAUGAUUUGGUUCCCAUUCAUGAUAACUGUUAGUAAAAAAUGGUUAUAUGAUAUAUUGACUUUCUUCUACCACAUCAUACCCGGCUUUAUAAUUGAUUUACUUCUGACGCUAAAGGGCAAGAAAAAAAGAAUGAUGAAACUGUAUCGAAGCAUACACAAACUUACUGGCGUAAUGGAAUAUUUCAUUGUGACUGAAUUCACAUUUACUAUGGAUAACACCAAAUCAUUGUGGAACUCUUUAUCAACGAGGGAUAAGGAUAUUUUCAACUUUGACAUUCGGUCCAUAAACUGGAAGGAAUAUAUACAGUUCUCACUUACAGGCAUGCGAAUAUAUUUGGGUAGAGAGGGACCGGAAACUAUACCAAGGGCGAGACUAUUGUAUAAAAGAUUUAAGAUUUUGCACCAACUGUUACAAGCUGUGGGGAUCGGUCUGUUGAUCUCAUUAGUAUGGAUUUUAGUAAGGAAAGUUUUUUCUUAAUUUCUUUCUUUUUGAUAAUAUAUGUGUAGAAAGUUUUCGUCGAAAAAAAUAUUGUAAGUAUGCUAAAUUGCUUGAAAAUAUAUAAAAAAAAAGCAACACAUGAUGUG